GCCAAGGAUAACAGCGAAAAGCUGCUGAAGGCCAUGGACACCCGGGAGCUCUACGGUGAUGAUGAGCGGGAGGACAUGCUGAACAGCCUCUUCAAGAUCACGUAUGCUACGAGGAGGCAGAAGAAUGAGAGCCACAAGGAGUUUUUCUCCCGAUGGGAGCUGGCCAUCCGGAAGCUGUCCGAGCAUAACAUCACCCUGCCUCCGGAGUACCUUGGCUUCUUGCUGACGAUGGCACUUCAACUCAAUCAGGAAGAAGUCAAAGUUCUUAUGAACUUCACCCGAGGGAAGCUCAGUCAGAAGGAUGUCAAGGGGUGGGUCCGGGUUCACGAGACAGUUCGGAAAGGCCUGACUGAAAGCGCCGGCGGUGUGUUCAAGGAUAUUCUCUAUAAGUCUAUGAUCGACUACCAGUGCCAAAGCAGAGAGGAAUGGAAGGCCCACAGGGUCAUCGGCUACACUCCCCGCCUUCCCGGCGGACUCCUCACAAGCGGAGCCGAUGAUCACACGCAUGUUUUCGACUUCGAAGUGGGCCAAGCGGUCUACUUUUGGCGUCGAGGACUCUUCGACGCCGACAACGACAUCGAGCUCAACGACCAACCCGCUGUGCAGGAGCAGGCUGCCGAUGUAGGUUUGGGUUCGUCUUCAGGGGUGAAGAGGGAAGCCGAAGAACAUCUUGAUCCUCCUGGAAAACGGAGCCGCAUGCAUUUGAUCGAAGUGUAUCAUCUCCAUCUUCACGGGCUUGCCAAGCAGAGACAGAAGAAGGAGUCCAAGGCCAGCGACUUCAAGGGUGCAGAUUAUGAGAAACUUCAGACGGCUAUUCUCAAGGAGAUCAUCAAUAAUCUAGGAACCCAGGCGUAUGAACUUUUGAGCCGUGAAGACUCUCAGCGCAUUGAGCUGAACAAGCCGGAGAAGAUACAGAUAAUGGAGUCGCGCUAUGUGAUUACAAUUAAACUCUUGGAGCCCGCCGAGGUGAGCAAAGCCGAGAGCGAAGGAGUUCUCUUGGAGGACCGGUCCCGCGGUCCCUGCAAGGCCAAGUGUAGACAUGUCAUGAAAGGGUAUUCAGAAGAAUCUGCUCUCGAAGUGGAAAUCACCACUCCGCAGAUUACCAGAGACUCCGUGAUUUUCACUUUGCAGAUGCUCGCAAGUUUUCAGUGGGCAUUCCUGGCGCUCACCCGGAAGAAUGACUUCGUCUCCUUAA